AUGCGCAGAAAUCUCAACGGGCAAGGCGACGCCGUGAAGAUGCGGAACGAUCACAUGACCAACCAGUUCCAAAACGGAGAAAGAACAAGAAAGACAAUCACCCUCGAUUCGGAUGGAGAAUACGGUAAUCCAAUUGUGCUUGAGUCCAACAGCGAUGACGAAACAAAUCAACCAAUCAGUCUUGAAAUUCCCUCAGAUGAAGACGAUCAUGGCGAGAUAUCUCACUUUCAGGAGCUUGAAAUUCAGGAAAUUGAUCAAGCCAACGAGAUCAUGAAAUUUGUUCAGGCUUCUCUCAACGAUCCAGAUACAAGCGAUGAAGAGGACAAUCCUAGCAACAAUGACGAUGAGCCUGUUCAAGCUCUCUUUUGGUCUAUUUUCGAACAGAAUCACACUUGCAAAUCUGAGCUGCUUCCUCCUCAACGUUUCUUGAAGUCUGGAAAAAACGGUUAUCAAAAACCUCUAGCAAAUCCAAACGCAAACUCAGCAAGAUUAAUACCAGCAAGCGCGAUCGGAAAGAAUAACAAUCUCAUGUCUAAUUGGCUCCAGAAAGCAAAUACGUCUUGCUCUUCGACUCAAUCCAACAAUCCUUCCUUAGAAGAAUCAAUCAGCUCAACCGCUAGUCCUCAAGUUGCCCAAGUAGAAUCCAUUGAUAACUCGGUUUCGCUUCGUCUUGAGGGAAUUCAGAAUGAAUAUCUGUCGACUCCAAAAACUUCUGGAUUGUCAAAGUCGGAUGCGAUUAAACUUAAAGCCAAUACUCAAUGGGACGAACUGAAACGAGCUCUCAACUCUGCUGCUAUUAUCUAUAAAAAAAAAGCUGCUCAAGACAAGAAGUAUCGAUACCCCGAGGCAAUGCUUGCAAAUCUCAGUGAAUUCAACUACCUGCGAAAGCUCUAUACUCUCAAAGGUUUAAAAAACCCUUCCCUGACUGCAUCCAAGGAAGCUGCACAAUCUUCGAUCCGACGAUAUCCAUCAUCCCAAGAUACUCCUGAAAAUCAACGAAGCGGCCUUCACCUUGCUAGGAUUAUAUCAAAGCAAGCCUCGCACAUUGUAAUAAAUAAGCAGCUUUUCGAUUCAACACAGGGAAACCGAUCAAACCACAAAUCCCUUAUCGAUAAUAUUGAAAUUCGACAGGCCCUUUUCACUUGGGCAGCCUCUCAAAUCCCCGGUGAAGUUACUCCAGCUACGUUUCAAAGAUAUGUUGUGGAAACACUCCUACCCAGGUUCGGAAUUGAAAAGAACUUGGUCAGGAGUACAAUUACUCGCUGGAUGGUUAAGCUAGGAUUUACUCCACAAGUAUAUCGAAAGUCUCUCUAUUUUGAUGGACACGAACGCCCUGAUGUCGUAGCUUCUCGCAAGAAGUAUAUCGAAGACUACAAGAAAUACAGAAGCCGAUCCCGAACAUAUGGAGGUGAAGAUUUGGAUUUUUCGGCUGAAAUCGACCCAGAGCUACUUGGCGAUAACAAAGAGACCGUCUUCAUCUUUCACGAUGAGUCCACAGUUCAUGCAAAAGAGAGGCCUCGGUUGGCUUGGCUGCUCCCUGGAACCAGUGAAAUACGAUCGAAAAACGCUGGUCGAUUAAUUCACAUCUCUGAUUUCAUUCUUGAGACAACGGGUCGGCUCCACUUAUCACCAGACGAAUUCAGGCGGUCUCAGAACGAGAACGGUACCAAACCCGAAUCCAACGAUGCAGCUACAGUGAUCUAUCCUGGUAGCAAUGGAGACAAAUGGUGGGAUAUGGAUCAACUUUGUCAUCAAGUUGCUCGCAAAGCCAUUCCCAUAUUUGAAACGACUCAUCCAAACUCACAGGCAAUCUUUAUCUUUGAUUGCUCAUCGGCUCACGGAGCAUAUUCAAAAUCCGCGCUUCGAGUCCAAAACAUGAACUUGAAUCCUGGAGGAAAACAGUCGAUACUCAGAGAUACUUUAAUCCCUACCGACGAUCCCUGCAUUCCGUUCCACCUGCGCGGACAGCCUCAAACUUGUGUAUUCGACCACUCCCAUCCUCAACAUCCGGGAAAAGCUAAAGGAAUCCGAGCGAUAUUGGAGGAGCGUGGGCUUUGGAGCUACUACAGUCAAAAGAUGAUUGAGACCGGUCAACCUGCCCUGAAGCUUCAAUGUAAAGCUUGUGCGACAUCAAACAUCCAAAAAGACAUCAUGCGAAAAUCUGAAGAGCUGAUUCGACAAGCUGAGGCCAAUGGCUAUUUCUUGACUCCGGCUCAAUCUGUUGAAGAAGCCAUCUCAACAACUCAAUUACCCCAAGAUUUGCCAAUCGACACUCAGACACUGAUCGAUGAAGUCAGCGAAACAAACGAUAGCCAGAAUGCUUGCUGUUGGUCCAAGAUCCUAUCCCUCCAAUCUGAUUUCCGGUGUGAAAGACCUCUGUUGCAAACGAUCAUUGAGGAUGCAGGCCAUAUCUGCCUGUUUUUGCCCAAAUUUCACUGUGAACUCAACCCGAUCGAACUUUUUUGGUCUUUCAUUAAGAUAGCAUAUCGAAAAGAAAGUCACAAAUACAAGUCCUUUGCAGAUUGCAAAGAGUUCUUCAACCAGGUUCGGCAGUCUUGUCCGCUAACAACAAUCCGCAAAUAUUUCCGUCGAAUCGAUCGACAAAUCUCAGUGUACGAGCAAGGAUACAAUGGGCCUCAGGGGCAAAUCUUGAUGAAGAAGUAUACAUCUCAUCGAUGUAUUCCUCGACAAGCUGCAAUGCGAAUCGAUGUUCUUACCGGCUGA